AUGGUCCACUUUAUAUGGCGAGCUUGUAAAGGUAGUCUGGGUGUUCAAGAAAGGCUUUUUCAUCGUCAUAUACGUGACUCUCCUAAUUGUCCUAUAUGUGGGGAACAUCAAGAAACCAUCUGUCAUGCCAUCUUCGAUUGCACCCAGGCAAGGGCCAUAUGGCAGGUUAGCGCAUUCUCGGCGUUUAUUGCUGAGGUGCCUCGUUCCUUUUUUGAUGGAAGUUUUGAAUGGCUUGUUAAUAAGGUGUCGAGGGAUGAACUGAGUGUGGUGUGUGCAUUAAUGUGGGCUAUUUGGUUUUGUCGUAAUACGUUCAUCUUUGACUCUCAAACUUUGGGUGGAGUAGAGGUGGCAAGUGUUUCGACAAAUGCCGAGUGGGGUCCCAAGCCCGACGAACUGGACUCCCCUGCUGCUGGGUGGUUGAAAGUGAACUUCGAUGCUCAUCUGAGUGAUAAUGGCGAGAUUGGAAUGGGGGCUGUGAUGCGAGACAGUUCUGGCGUGGUGAAAUUUGCGGCUACCAAGCGAGUUGGGGCAAGGUGGGAUGCAACGCUUGCCGAGGCUAUGGCUGCGCGUUUUGUUGUGGAGGUGACGUUGCGACUUGGAUAUGACCAUGUCAUCUUUGAAGGUGAUGCUUUGGUUGUGGUGCAGGCUGUGAAGAAUAAUGUGGAUGGGAUGGCUCCUCUUUUUAGAGUUUUUUAUGACAUUCGUAGGUUUAUUCAGAAUUUUGUUGCUUUUUCUUUUUUGCAUGUUAAACGAGCAGGUAAUGUUGUGGCCCAUUUGUUAGCUCGUUGGGAUUGUUCCCGUAAUUCUGAGAUUGUAUGGCUGGAUAACUUUCCCCAAAGUAUCACUACUUUGGUGGACAUUGAUUUAAUAUAA